AUGGUUGAUAGUAAUUAUGAAUUCUUAUACAUCGAUGUCGGUUCCAACGGAAGAAUGAAUGUGGCUAGCAUUUUCGGGGCGUCACGUUUGAAAACCGCAGUGGAAAGUAAUACAUUGCGUUUUCCAGAUUGGGGAGUUCUUGUCGGAGAUGACGCGGUCCCUCUGAAAACCUACUUAAUGAAGCCGUAUUCAAGGAAUGGAAUGACCCAAAAAGAAAAAAUAUUUAACUAUCGUCUUGCGAGAGCUCGACGAAUAUCCGAGAAUGCUUUUGGGAUUCUUGUAUCUAGAUUUAGAAUAUUUUUACGUGGUAUAGAAGUAUCCCCGGAUAAGGUAGAUUAUAUAGUAAGAACAACAUGUGCUUUACAUAACUGGUUACGAAGAACAUCAGCAAAUACUUACAUACCACCAGGAACAACCGAUUACGAAGAUAUUGAUACUGGUAAUAUAAUACCUGGAUCAUGGAGGAAAGACGUAGCAAAUAAUCAAGUGCUUCAGCCUGGUCAUUCUUGGACUUCCCACAAUUAUUCUAAAGGAGCAGCUACCCGACGAGACAACUAUGCGGAAUAUUUUAUGAAUGAUGGGGCUGUUGACUGGCAAUGA